AUGCAGGGAUUCAGACUCGUUGUGUUCUUGUUGUUGACAGUGACCGUUGUAGCAACAUCAGACGCGGAAGAGACGCGUGAUGACUUGAAGUCAAUAAUUUCUUUGUUUCUCGUAGGAAAGCAAAGGCUGCAAAAACAGUUGCUGUUCAGCAUUCACGGUCUUCCUGGAGCUGCUGGCGCUCAUGGUGCUCCUGGCGCUCCUGGUAAUCGUGGCGAUCAUGGAGGUCCUGGUCCUGAAGGACAAAGAGGAGAAAAAGGUGAUAAAGGGACAACCGGAAAAGUUGGUCCAAAAGGUGUCACAGGUGAGACCGGAGUUAGGGGUCCGACCGGACCGAGGGGGGCACCAGGCGUUUUCCGUUCAAACGUGUGCUCUAAUGACAGAGAGGGUAUGAUGAGGUACAAUAAACAAGUAAAGGAGGUAUUCUGUGAUGCUAAUAAAGGUUGGACUCUAAUCAUGAAAAUAGACGGAAAUCAACAAACCUUUAACUAUAGAAGCAGUCUAUGGUCAAACAAGGAAACACUUCAACCAACGAAUUUAGAUUUGGAUGACAAAGAAGCAAAACUGGCUUCGUAUUGGACACUACCAUUUACUGAACUUCGUUUGGGAAUGAAAGUAGAUGGAACAAUCAGAUGGAUCACCCUCAGCUACAGCGCAUCAUCUCUCUACAGCGUUAUUGCUGAUGGAAAGUACAGAAGUACGACUAUUGGCGAGAAUAAGUGGAGAAGUCUACUGCCAACGUCAUCUCUGCAGGACAACUGCAAUAGGGAAGGAUUCAACACGAGAGCCACUCACCCACACAACAUCUUAAAUCAUGCUAGAGCUCGUUUGGGAUUUCUUGCUAACGGUGAGAACGAUUGUUAUACACCAGAUUCUUUUCUUGGCUUUGGAACAGAGUGCAGGAGCAACAGAAACAGUGCUGGAAACUACCAUGGACACGUAAAUACUAAAACAAUUGCCUAUAUCAUGGCACGAUGAGACGCUGCACUACGUAAAUGCAUGAUAGCAUUAAUUAAGAUGAUUUUCUCCAAGUAUGAUAUCCACCACAUUGUUUUAGUAGGUCAACUAGUCUACACUAUAUGCUUAAUUACAUUACAACAUAAACCAACGA